CCAGCACUUUGUUUUUUUUGUUUUAAAUAAUAUUUAUUACUUUUCCAACAAUUUAAACAUUACAAAGAAAAAAUAAACAAUACAAUACAAUACAAAAACAAUACAUAACACUAAGCUAACAAAAACAAUUUAAACUAAUAAAACAAAACAAAAACAGUUUAAAACACAUCAAAUAGUUUCAAUAUCUUAUCUUUCAUUCACUUAUUUCCAUGACCUCCUCACACCUCCCUUUUUGUAUUCCACUUCUAUUAGUUGUUUCAGCAAUUCCUUUCCAUCUUCCUCUGUUUUCUAUCCUAUAAUUAUCUUAACACAUUUUAACCUUAUUUUUCCCUUUAAUUCUCUAUUAAUCUAUUUAUACUUAAUUCCUUAUAACAUUUCUACUAAAGCCAUAUAACUUCAUUCCAACAUUUUUCUAACAUUCAUUAAUUUUACAAUAUUUCUGUAAAUAGUCUUUAAACUUUUUCCAAUCUUCUUCCACCGACUCUUCUCCUUGGUCUCGGAUUCUGCCAGUCAUUUCCGACAAUUCCAUAUAGUCCAUCAACUUCACAAAACCAGCACUUUGAAUUGGGCCCAGAAACUAAUUGGCAGCCAGGCUGUCAGGGAUCAGUUGGCAGAGAAGGGGGGAGAGACCGGAAUGUACAGAGAGCCGCCUCCUUUGAUGAGCAGCUGCACUUCGUCAGAGGGAGAGGAGGAGGGACUGUCAGGAAACACGGAAAAUGAGAGGGAGGGAGAUACAAAGGCUGCUAUAGUAGAGAGAAAGGAGCAGUCUCCGGUGCUUAGGUUUUCACGUAAGGAGAGGAGGAAAAGGGGGGGGGGGGGUCUCAGGAAGUUUCUCUGCUGGAGGGGGAACAGGCAUGAGCCACUUCCGGCAACUGAUAGUGACUGAGGCAGACAUGCUUUCAAGAGCUCCGUACUGUACAUAGUUUAGGACUUAAUAAAUCUUGUAAAGACACGCUGGAAUCCCAGGCUGGAAUCUUGGCAACCACCCACAUAUCACCCUGACACAGGCCAUAACUGGUGUUAUAUGCUAGGGCUGCCAUAUUUCAAAAAGUGAAAAUCUGGACAGAAAAAAUGGGUUUUUUUUCCUGCAAAAAUUGACAUUUUUGGGAGCUAUUUCUGAGGAAAAUCGGCAAAAACGACACUGCCUACAUGGGCUGCCAUAAGUCCAGAUUUUCCUUGACAUUUCGCCGAUUUCUGCCCAGAAACUGCUUGUGGCUGCAGUAUUCCGGAUAUGUCUGGGAAAUUCCAGACAUACGGCAACCCAAUUAUAUGCUCAAAACAUGUCGCCCUGGUAAGCAAUAACUAUUGAGUCUUCUGAACUAGGAACAUCAUGGUCUGAGGCCAAGACCUGGCCCAGUCAGGAACUUUGCUUUCUGUCUUACAGCAGUGCCUUUCCCUCUUAGGAACUCAUCACUGCCUGGUACAUCGGGUUCCUGACCCUUAUCCUCUCCUCAUUCCUGGUUUACCUGGUGGAGAAAGAUGUGCCUGAAAAAAACGAGGAAGGGAAGGAAAAAAGGGAGUUUGAAACCUAUGCCGAUGCCCUUUGGUGGGGACUGGUCAGUAUCCACAGGGGUUAUGCUGACUGAGGUUGCUUUGAGGUGGUUCAUCUGAAUGUUCUGGGGUCCUUUAGCAUUUUAAUGCUUGCUGUUAUUCAGCUUGGGUUGCAUUGUGAAAAGGAAGGGAGGAUGAUGGAAGCUUGCAGCAUCCAAUUCCAGUCUCUUCAAACAGGGCUGGGAAACCUCUAACUUGCUGAGGGCCAGAUCCCCUUGGAGUAACCUGUUGGGGGCCACAUGCUGGUAUUAGGUGGAAUGAAAACCAGAGAUGGGGAGAUACAUAAAACGAGGUUGGGGGGCUAGCUAGAGGCUACUUGUGGCCACAGGUUGCCCGCCUGUACCUUAAAAGAACCAAAAAGUGUUUCCUGCAACAGCUUCCGAGUUAAUUGAAAAUGUUAUUGCACAUGCAUGGGGGAAAUGGUGGAGGCCGUCAAGUAAAGCGAAGUCCAACUUGAAAAGAUGCAGCAAUGGAGUCCCCAUCCGCACAACAUUUAAAGCAGCAUCAUACCACUUUAAAUAGUUGCAGAUUCUCCCAAAGAAUUCUGGGAACUGUAGUUAAGGGUGUUAGAAUUCCUGCUCCGUGAUUGCAGUCAUGGGAUUGUUGCCUUUCACAUGAUGGUGUAUGUUUUGACUCCACAGAGUGGGAAGUGACGGAAACAGGAUGUUUGUGUUACUGUGUUCCGUGAAGUGGGACUAUUGUCCUUUGCUUUUUCUCUUUGCUGUCUGAUGCUAGAGAGAGAGGGAGCCAUGUUGCAGUGCUCCGUGUGCAUUUAUAUGUAAAUAAAGUAGACUAGCCAAAAUGCUGAGUUGCUGAGGUCUGUCACGCAAGCUGCGAAGACUCUGUGGAUCCCUAAGUGUGCCGAUGUCUGUUGGCAUCGGUCUCUGUGAUGUUCGGGCUGAAGAAAGCUUUUGAAGCUCCUGAACGAUUGACCAGGAGGGAGAGGACAUGCCAGUCGGGCAUGUGUUUCUGCCAGGAGUGUAGGACGAGCUCCUCACAAAGGGUUCUGAGGUUUGUUAGGAGACCCCUUCCAGAGUCACAGUUCCUAGAGUGGUUUAACAUUCAAUCUUUCAUCACAGGGAACUCUGAGAACUGUAGAGGGGAAACAGGGGUCUCGGAACAACUCUUGCAUCUUAACAAACUACAGUUCCCAGGAUUCUUUGCUAGGGGGGCGGAGAGAAAGAGCCAUGCCUGUUUAAAUGAUAUGGCCUUAAACACAGGGUGUGUACGGGACUGAGGAGUGGCAUUACGGAGGUGGAAAGUGCAAGAAAUCAUUGUCCUUGCCCAUUUGUCUUUCUUACAGACUGUCCCAAACCUUCUCCCCACAGAUUACGCUAGCAACCAUCGGCUAUGGCGACAAGACGCCCAAAACAUGGGAGGGACGCCUCAUAGCAGCAACAUUCUCUCUCGUUGGAGUUUCCUUCUUUGCUCUUCCAGCUGUAAGUUCUGCCGGUGGCCUCGUGAGAGAAGGCGUGGGGGAACAGAUUGGAAAUGGGGCGGGUGAUGUCACUCCUGGUGAUCCUUAGAGGGGGCUAGCUAUUUCAAGUGUUCCAAUCAAAGCCCCCGCCCCACAAAAAACCCACCCAAUGCAGAUAUCCACCUCAUCCUCUCCCUUCCUCAGAAGAGGCUCUAGUUUCACCAAUGGGGGCUCCUCUGCCUUUCACCCCACACACCAGCCACCACUGGGGAGGAGCACCUCAAUAAAGGCUUAAGCCCUUGACUCCGGCCCCUCUCACUGCCCAGGACAUCUUGGUUCCAACUUCCCCACCAUUUUCGAACCCCAGGGAGAAGCUGUCUCCCGUUUUGCCCUCGGUCUGACAUUUCCAUUUUCAACAGGAUGAUGAUGACGAUGAUGAUGAUUUGCCCAACUUUGCUUUCAGGGCAUUUUGGGUUCAGGACUCGCUCUGAAAGUGCAGGAGCAACACCGCCAGAAACAUUUUGAGAAAAGAAGAAAGCCUGCAGCGGAACUCAUACAG